UAACAUACCAACAACUCAAUCUCUAAUUAAAUAACUAUCAACUAGUUCCCCAACAAAAAACAAUGUAUGCUGCUUCUACUUCCUUUACUUCACAACUCGUCCAUGAGCUUCUUGUGGAAUCUCACACAAGAAGGUUACUCUUUCAAGACCCAAUUGAACAUCAAUCACUAACUAACUCCCAUGUUUUAACAAAUAAUAACCAUAAUUCAACAGACUCAUAUUUUGGAGCUCGUGAAUUCGAUUCAAAUGUUAUAAUGAUACUUGCAGUUUUAUUGUGUGCUCUUAUUUGCUCACUUGCAUUAAACUCCAUCAUAAGGUGUGGUUUAAGGUUUUCUAACGUAGCCCUACACAACGACCCUUCUUUGAGUUCGAGCAACAAAGGAAUCAAGAAGAAAGCUCUCAAAACAUUCCCCACAGUGAGCUAUUCAGCUGAGUUGAAACUUCCAAGUUUGGAUACAGAGUGUAUUAUAUGUCUCUCAGAGUUUACAAAGGGUGAAAAGGUGCGCAUUUUGCCUAAAUGCAACCAUGGAUUUCACGUUCGUUGCAUUGACAAAUGGCUAAAGGAACACCCAUCAUGUCCAAAGUGUAGACAAUGUCUUCUUGAAACUUGUAGAAAGAUUGUUCGGUCACAACAACCAAUUGUUAUGCCAGUACUAGAAACCGUUAUAAGGAUCCAACCACUUGAGCAUGAAGCUUUGGAACGUAACUAUAGAGAAAUAUAAACUAAUUAAAUACCCUCUCUUAAUGUCUUGAGUUGUGGUUGAGCAAGAAAGUUCAUAUCAAAUUUGAUCAACCAUAGUGAAAACAACAUUUGAAUCAUGGUACGUACUUAUCCCUUACGUACUAGGUUCAACUCUGCUUGGACCAUGCGUGCGAGAAGAUCAUGAAAUAGCGUUGGUUGCUGCUUGGACCAGACUGCCACACGACCUACCCUUAGAGACAUAUGGUUAACAUUUGUAGGAGUGAAGGGGUAAAAGAAAGAGGGGCUCCAGAUGUUUUACCCAAUAUACCCAUGGUCUACUCGUACACUAGUACACUUGUAUCCACAAAGUGGAUUAUACUUUGGGAAUUAAUGACUUACUUAUUCUUGCAUGAAAAAUCUACUAUAGUAGUCUUUUAACACAAUUACCAACUCGAGAUAUAAAGACUCAACCGUCUCUAACAGGAAAA